AUGCCUCACACAAUAUUACUUGUACAGCCUUCUGUAAAAAAACCAGAUACUCGCACAUGGUCUGAUUAUGAAACUGUAGAACAAUGUUUGGAGGGUGUAUGCAAGAUAUAUGAAGAGCAGCUAAAACGUGAAAAACCUAAUGCUCCUACCAUCACUUAUGAUAUAUCCCAACUUUUCCAGUUCAUCGACCAGCUGGCUGACCUAAGUUGUUUAGUUUUUCAUGAACCUACAUACACAUAUGUUCCACAUCAUAAAAACUGGAUCAAAGAACAAGUUUAUGUACUCCUAAGAAACCAAGCUGGCCAGUAA